UUUUGCUUCCGGUUCCGCUCGCGCCUUCCGGUCCCUAUGGCGACGGGGCGCCUCGGGUUGGAGGAGACUCUGGGGGCCCUCAACGCGGCCCUGGGCCCGGGCGGCCCCGUGUGGUUCAAGGAGACGCGCGCCCGCCACCUGCGCGCCCGCGACUUCCUGGCGCCGCGGCGGGCGCUGCAGGCGCGCUUCGGGGACGGCCAGGUGCCGGAGCGCGUGGUCCGUGCUGUGGUCGACCUGCAGGGCCCCGGCGUGGCCCCGGUGCUGCGCUGCGAGCCGACCCCCGCGGGGCUGGCGCUCCGGCUGCAGCGCGCGGCCGUCUUCGAGCGGGUGCUCGGGGCCGUGGGCGCCUACGCCUCGCCCGGCCGGCCCGCCGCUGGGGCCCCGCGCGUCCUCCUGCACUGCCCUGCGCUGCGCGCCGCCCCCCGCGCGCUCCGCCUGAGCCAGCUGCGGGCCGUGCUCGUGGCCGACCACCUGGCGCGGGCUUGGCGCGCUCACGGGGUCAGGGUGCGCCUGGUGCCCGCCGUGCGGGACCCGCACUUGUCCGCCUUCCUGCAGCAGCUGCGGGUGGACUGGCCCGCUGCCUCGGAGCGAGCCUCAGCCGAAGCCCUGAGGAGCCGCGCACUCGCGGAGGUCGCCUCGGCGGGUGGCCCGGGAGCUCUCCCUGCCGGCGUCCUGGGCAGUGUGUGCCUGAAGGAGCUGGUGGCGGGACGGGGACGCGCAGCCGGCUAUGACCCCAACCUGGACCGCUGCCUGGUGACCGAGGACCUGCUCUCCCAGCUGGCGGAACUGCAGGCGGCCGCGCAGCACCCGCCUGAGGACGGCUCCCCGGGCCCGGCUCCCGCCCCCGGGGCCGCGGACAGCUGCGUGGCGGUGCACGUGGUGAGCCCCGAGGAGGAGUCCCAGCAACAACAGCUGGACCUGCUUUGGUGGAAGCUGGAUGAGCGGGCGCCUCUCACACAGAAGCACCUGGUGUGCGGCCCGGUGAGAGCAGCGGGGGCGCCCAGCACCCUGACGGCACCCGAGUACUACGAGCUCCGGCUCGCACAGGUGCGCGCGGCCUCGGCUCUGAAGCACAGCAGGGACCUGGCACAAGACCCAGCCUGGACAGAAACCUUCCGGGUUCUCUCCGCGGCGACCAUCAAGUUUGAGAUGCUCAGCAAGGCCCCGCAGGGUCAGCUCCUCCUGGACCUGGCCGACAGCAUGUCCACCAAGGGCACCAAGAGCGGCACCUUUGUCAUGUAUAACUGUGCCCGCCUCGCCACCCUCUUUGAGGGUUACCAGCGCGGCGUGGACCGAGGCCUGUACCCCACUUUCCCACCUGUGAGCAGCCUGGAUUUCUCUCUGCUCCGUGAAGAGGGUGAGUGGCUGCUGCUCUUCAACAGCAUCCUCCCCUUCCCCGACCUGCUGAGCCAGACCGCAGCCCUGGACGCGGCCCGCACAGAGACGGUGUGCAAGUUCCUGGUGCAGCUCAGCAUGGACUUCAGCUCUUACUAUAACCGGGUGCACAUCCUGGGGGAGCCUCGACCACACCUGUUUGGUCAAAUGUUCGCCCGGCUGCAGCUCCUGCGGGCUGUGCAGGAGGUGCUGCACACGGGGCUGGCCACGCUGGGCCUCCCUCCACUGAGCUGCCUCUGAGCCUCAGGUGCGGCGCCUGGGAUGUGCACAGGCCGCCAUCACCUGAGAACCCCGCUGGCCGGAGACGUGGAGACGAAUAAAUCCUACAAAGCUGUUCUGUG